AUGGGGAGACGAUUGAGCUAUCCCUCGCAGCUGGACAGCCCAUCGAAGCAGCUGAUCCUUGACCUCACCCGAGAUCUCGAACAGCUCCGAGUCCACAACUCCGAAUUGAAAAAAGUCAAAGCAUACGAACGGAGAUCAUUCUACGAAAGUCUAGACCGAGUCGAACGGGAAAAAGAAGCCCAACACAAUGCAGCGCUUGACCAAGUCGCUGCUCUGCAUGGACAGGUACUGGAGGAAGCAGAGGAGACCUUGAAGGAUCAUUACAGAGCAGUGGAGGAAGAAGAGCGACGGGAACGACUGCGCAAAGAGGAGGAAGCGCGAAAAGAGAGGGAGCGGAUUGAACGGGAAAAGGCAGAAAAAUUGCGCCGCGAACAAGAAGAAGCUGUACGGCUUGAGGCAGAGCGCAAAGCCAAGGAGAGGGCCCAGGAAGAGGCCGAAAAGGCCCGAAAGGCAGCACAAGAGGAAAAGGAGCGCAAGGAGCGGGAGAAGCUUGAGGAGGAAAAGCGAAAACGCGAAGCAGAAGCACAAAAGGUUGAACAAGAAGCAGCAAAGCGCCAGGAGGAAGUUUCGCAAAAGGCUCAGGCCGAGCAACAGAAGCGGAUUGGUGGUGGCCGGUUGACCGAACAAGAGAUCAAAGUACAACAACGAUACGUCGAGUUGCAUCAACACCUCAAGAGGUUUAGACAAUAUCUCAAAACCGAGAGCAAAACCAACCCAAUCGUCAAACAGAAUAUGGGAGACAUGCGGCGGUCUAUUACAAAGUGUGUGGGUCAGCUGCGUGAGGGCAAGGGAGCUAACAAGGCACAAUUACAACAAAUCAAAACCACCCUCGAACAAGCCGCCUCAAUCCCGGAGCCUUCGGUUGAUAUUCGCGAAUUCUUAGCGUUCCCGCCUGAAAACAUUGCCAAUUCCGAGGAUAAUAAAGUGCCGGCGCUCCUGAUAUACGCUCUGAACAUAUUUUGCAAGUGCUUAAUAUCGUCUCUCCUCACCGAGGCAUCGAUCAACCUGGGCCAUGCGGAGCCCAUCGGCAUUGUGGCUGCCCAAAUAUUCUCUUCCGACGCAUUUAUCUAUAAGGGCUAUCAUAUGGUUGAUAUUCUCUGGGCCAAAUACCGCGUGGUCUGUCCUGCUUUGUGGGGAUUCUAUGGCAACGAAAAAACCGAAUCUGGCAGGCGCGCUUUGGGUUGGUGGCGGGAAGGGCCAGAUGGUCCUUUUAUCAGUGAACAAGGCCAUGCAGACCGCAUGACGGCCCUGGGUGCUGGGUAUGCCGCCCUUACCCUGAGAAAUUUUGGCAAAACGCCGCGCAGGAAUCCGUUCCCCAAUACUAUGUUUUGGUUUUCCAUGCAUAAGAUCUUAUCGUUACCCCCCAGCGAACUUCAAGAGACACAUAUCUCGUUGCUUGCUGCUAUGCUACGGUCCUCUGCUGAGAGGAUCGUGGGUUUUUUUGGACACAUUGGUCUGGCCUUGAUGAGGAAAGCAAUUGUCGACGUACCAAACAACGCUCCCAAACAGAGCAUGGGUGUUAACAAGCUAAAGCUCCUCAAGGACCUUUACAAACGAGAGAAGAACAUUAUCAUAUGA